AUGAGUCAAGAUCUUAAAAGUGAAAGCAAGAAAUCCAUGGAUAUUUUUGAAGCAAAAGCUGUGAAAGAUGUUCCUGAUAAGCCAGACAUGGAACCGCUUGGAACGAAAUUGCCCAACGCCAUACAAUUUCACACCAAACGUAUGAUUCGUCUUCAAAAACCUGAGAAACCCGCUAAAAUAGACGUAGAAUUAGUAGAAGAUGAAGAAUUAAUUGUGCGGCAUUACGAUGAUGAACACCUUAUAAUAGCGCCAGAAGCAGCCGAUAUCGUCCCCGUCAUUAAAGACAGUGAGGAGGACCAAACCAGAUUUUAUUCCAAAUAUAAAUAUUUAUUUGGCGAAGAUGCCUCCAAAGACAAAAAGAGAGAGUCGGCCAAACUUGUCGGCAAGUUUCAUAUCUUAUUGCUGGCGGACAGUUUUGAGUUGUGCAACGAAGGAGUGGCGGCUCUGAACAGGUGUUUGGCCGGCCAGUUGAAAUCAACGAAUGCUGGGACAGUCACCUGCAGCGUCUUCGAACCGUUUGAUGAAAUCCACAAAGAAAAUAUUGAAGCAGCUGAAAGAAUGGAUAUCAAGCUGAUAUCUCUUGCGAAAGCCUGUAAGGAAUAUUCCAAACCAGAUGACUAUCCGGUGAAUUUGUACACGGACGUCGUACGCCACCCUGAGAAGUACAUUGAGAUCUUCUACAGUCCCGAGCCGACGUACAAAUUUGACACGUACACACACAUCAUCGGGCAUGCUCCAAUCACCCAUGAAUACGCGGUUACGUUGAGAAAUUCUUUGUUCAGACUAUCCAAGCUGGUCAUGUUCUUCCACGUGAUUCCUGACGAUAUGAAUGCCUUUAAAAGUGGACUGGUUGACUACGAAAGUACUUUGGACAUUCCGACGAUCGAAAGACUCAUCGAGAUUGCUCGCAUGUGCCACGUCGUCUAUUCGGUCUCUAAAAAAGUGUUUGACUACUUCACGAUCAUUUUUCGAUCGAAGGAUGUCAAAGAUGUCAAUCACAGACUUUACAUUCCAAGCGCUCCUAAAGAAGUAUUUGACAUGACGGGCAACAAUCAUUUUUAUGAUAAGAUUACAUUUUUAACGAACGGAUUUCUGUGCAAUUCUUCAAAAACCUGUGCUGUUCGCUCUGGCUUAGACAUAGCAAUCAAUUCAUUGACUAAGUUGCAACAGGAAAACAUAACUAUUGCAAACUCGAAUGAAAAUGUUACGCUCAAACUUCUCAUAAGUCAUCUCUCGACGGAGGCUUUUGAAGAUUCCAAAGGCAAAUUGCAAAGAUUCGGAAAUACGGAUUUGUUACAAGAUCAAGGAAAGGACAGCAGUGAUUUAGGAAAAUUAUUUCAUGAGACAAAUUUUUUCAUUGGUCCGAAGAGAUGCGAGUCGUAUGGAUUCACAGCACUUUACAGCUUUUGCGCUGGAAUUCCUGGUCUUGUUCCAGAGGAUUCAAUCACUGCCUCAAUCAUUUCUGAAUUUGAGGAAGGAAAAGAAUUCAUCGUUCCAAUCAGCAAAAAUCCAACAAUGUACAAGCAAAACGCCAUCGUGUGGAGCAAGCGAUUGAGCAACUUCAUAAAAAAUUAUGAGAGUAUCAAACUGAAGGCGGAUGCUCUAAAGAUGAACCUCAUGAGAGAUGAGAGGACGAGAAACACGCACGAUGAUUUCAUCUCUUUUGUUCUCGGAGGAAUAAAAAUGAAAAUACGAGUUGUAUCUCUGGUGCCGCUGGAUGCAAAUGAAAAGGAUAAGACAGGCUUGAGGUUGAGGUUUGAGGAGCUACUCGUGGAAACAAUGAGGGCAUGUUGGAGGUUAAAAAGUCACAACUUGGAAAAUUGUUCCAACCACGAAUACGUGGGGUCGCAAAUAACCAGGGGUGUUGUUCUCCCUCUCGGCAGACUCAUCACCGAGGUGUUUGACAAGAUAGAAGACUACAACAGACGCGUAGUGGCUAUCGACGACACCACCAAAUCUCUCGUCAUCUUCUGCCCAACGAGAAUCGCACUGAGACACUUGUGGGCCAAGUGCAACGUCAUCUCCAAACAUUUCAUGAGUCUCCUGGACGAAAAAACCGAAUGUAACUCUCUAUUUAACAGUUUUAAGAUAAAAUCUGUUGAAACUGAACUUAUCAUCGAAGGUGACUGGGUAUUUUUAUUCACUUUUCAAUGA